UCAAGAUCGCAUAUCGCAGCCGUUGCUGGGCCCAUCGAUUUGUUGACACUGCGAAUUAGCAACUCUUCGCACGAGCCCAAGACCCAGACAAGAAGUAUAUAAACCUAGUUGUCAUGGCACUUGCUAUUAAGUACCAAUCCGGCCAGCAUCCAUCAAUCAGCUAUCUUUAAUCUCUCUUGGAAUCCCUUCGAGAAGCACCGAAAAUGAAGUUCCUUCUUCUGAGUCUCGCCUUGAUCGCCCUGAUCUGCUGCUCCCUGGCCCUUCCUUUGGAUCUGGACAAUGAUGAACCGUUGACUUUGCUGGAACUGGAGGUGGAACAGGAUCCCCAAGUGGAUGAACUGGAGGGCGAGCGAGUUGCCCGAGGACUGGGUGGUCUGGGAGGACUUGGUGGCAAGUUUGGCGGAUUUGGAGGACUUGGUGGCCUGAAAGGAGGAUUCGGUGGUCUGGGACACGGCUUUGGCGGCGGAUUCGGAGGACACGGCUUAGGCGGCGGAUUCGGCAGCUUCAAGAGCCUAUUCAACAAGAAGUUCCGCUAAUGUAGCAGUCAUACAUCCAAAUUAUAG